CGGCUGCAUCAGUGGAGUCUGAGGAGGGUUGGAAUGGUCGUGUCGAUGGUAGACAUGCUCUACUGCUCGGGACCUAUAUGUCGUAUCAAUACAGGUACUGACCCCCUCGCACCAAGAUGACCCUGUCUUUUCGACUCUGGGUUUCUUCGCUCUGGGUAUUUCUCUGUCUUGGGAUGAACCGAAGAAGGAAUGGAAGAAGACUGGAGAAGCAAGUCAACAUGAUCCCGCCCAUCAGAUCCCACUUCCAUUUUCCCACCACACAACCUCGACAUACCGCACCUUCAAUAUCGCGGACACACUUUUCCACGGAUUCGAAGUCCGAACAUAAUAACCAUAUACCAUCUGUUGCUAACUACAACUGAUGAAGUCGCAGGGAUGCAUAGGAAUUCUGACCCGGAUCU